UCAAACUUCUUUUUUUUUUUUUUUGUUAUUUUUCGAGGGGUCUCCUCUUCGUUCUCUUCUUCCUCGCCGAAAUCUUCCCCUCGAGCCAACCCUAACCCUAAACUAUCCAUGUCGAUCCUCCCCGACGAGCUCUGGACCAGAAUCAUGGAGCUGGGGACCUCGUCGUCCCAACUAAGCUACCGAGAUCUGUGCUCAAUCUCCAUCUCCUGCCGCCGCCUCCGCCGCCUCUCCGACGACCCUAUCCUCUGGUCAAACCUCCUCUCCCUCGAUUUCCCGUCCUCCUCCUCCUCCUCCUCUUCAGAUUCCCCUUUAAAAUCCCUGUACAAGCUCAGGUUUGAGAGGGUCAAGGCUUUGCGGCAGCUUGAGUGGAGGAGGAAGGUUCUGGCUGCGGAGAACAGGGUGAUGCUUUGCAGGUUGAAUUUGAAGCAGCUGGAGGGUUUGAUUAUAAAGGAGAGCGAGAGAUUGCAGGCUGCAUUGACGGAGCUCAAUAAUUUGGAGAGGGUCAGGAGGGCUUCUGUCGCUCUAAAUGUAUGGCAACCAGAAGUUGUUCGUGGGAGACAGAAACAAAUGGUAGAGCAAUGCACAGUUCCCAUCGAGUCUCGGCUGCACUCUUUAAAUAUGGAAAUCAAAGUGUGCAGGCAGCAGAUUGAAAUUCAUAAGAAGUCCUAUAAUCAUCAGAAGCAGCAGCUAGAAGAGGGCAGUGAAGAGCUAAAAUCAAUGAAGUAUAAUCCUCUGUAUUGUUAUCAAUCAACGGAAACUGUAAAUAAUGUCACUAGGAAUCAGAAAAAGUUGAAGAAAAGCAUGGAGGAGAAGAAGUUGAAGAAAAGCAGGCAGUGGAACUGAUUCAUCUUCUAUUUAUUUGUUGUCAUGGGCUUAUGGGAGAUGUGUAGAUGCUUUUUGGUUUUGGUGUUCUCACUUUCGCUUUCGAUAUUAUUUAGAUUGGCAAGCUAAUUGCAGAAAACUAAAAAGUGCUUCAAGAUACAGGUCAGUAUGAUCUUUGUAUGAUGUUUUUGAUUCAGUCAUUUGGUCAGAGGAAUAUGAGAUUUGCAAUAAGUAAAAAGAUAUUUAAGAUAUCUUGUUCUAUUUUCUGCUAUUUACUAGAUUAUCUCUUUAUCUGUUGUGUAUAAAGAGGAAGGUGCAACAUACCAUGCUUUAUUUUGCAUCGCCACCAUUUUGCUCGAAUUUUUUUAUUUCUUCUUCGUGCAGGAAAUGCUGAUGUAUUAGACUGCUGACUGGAUAGAGUUAUUCUAGUCCUCAUGCGGAGGUGGCGAUAUUAUUGUAGUUUUUCAGGCCUUACAGUGGUUUUUGUACUGCUAUUGAGGAGCCAUGGUGGUGAUAUUUUGAGCUCUUGAUACGUAAAUGUGAUAAACGUAAAUUACUCGAUUACGAUGUGAUUUGGAGCUUGUGGUGUGUACAUGUGAUACAUGUAAAGUACUCAAUGAUCAAUGUAACUUACGGGUUUUUCGGGUUGAGUUUCGGACA